UCACACACACACAAGCCGACGCAUUAACACACACACAUAUUUUCCUGCAGCUCUCGUGGGCUCUCGUGGGCUUGUCUCCGUUCAGUGGCUCCUGGUCAAACAGGUUUUAAUAUCUGACGUUUCCAUGGCUCUCCUGUGCUCUGCCAUGUUGGUGCUACUGUGUGUUUUUAACAUUGCCUCAGCCACUAUUGAAGUUCACAUGGACUAUGGAGGUGUUCCUCUCUGGAUUAAUCGCCUGCUAGGGGAGCCAAGUGUGAUAAGCCUGCAGGGACGGCUGGACUCAGCCUGGCUGAGAGCCAACAACCCCCAGUCCUGCCCUCAGCAGUGUGACUGCCCCCUCCAGUGGCCCACUGCGCUCUACUGCGACCACAGAGGCCUGGCAGACACCCCUGACCACCUGCCGGACAGGACUCAAUACUUGUUUCUACAGGGUAACAACAUCUCGUCCCUGUCCUCCUCUUUUCUGGCCAACGUUACUGAUCUACGCUGGCUCAUCCUGGAUCAAAACCAGCUGCAGAGCGACACGCUGGGCCAGAUCGGGCUGCAGAACCAGACCAAGCUGUGUUACCUUUUUGCCAACCACAACCACCUGAGAUCAGUGCCCAGCGCUCUACCAGCUGGACUCAAGCAGCUGCGACUGGCCCACAACCAAAUCAGCAGCAUCAGUCCUGGAGCUUUAAAGAACCUGCACAACCUGACACUGCUGCUGCUGCAGGGAAACAAACUGCGAACCAUCACAGAGGGAGACUUUAAAGGUCUGGUCAGUCUGAACCUGCUGGACCUCAGUAGUAAUUUAUUCUCCGCUGUCCCCAGACAUCUAUCUCCUUCUGUCGAGCAGCUCUAUCUAUCCAAUAACACGCUCUCUGCGCUGAAUGAAGACAGUUUUGUGGGAUUUUUCAACCUUAAGUACCUUCGUCUGAGUAACUGUAGUCUGCGUAGCGGCGUCAUCGACCAGAAGGUCUUCAAUUUCUCCAGCUUGGUGGAACUGGACCUCUCUUACAACAAACUAAAAACAGUUCCCACAGUCCCGACCACCCUGAGGUACCUCUACCUGGAGGCCAAUGAAAUACAAGAGUUCAACGUGACCAGUUUCUGCAGAGAGGUGGGACCUCUUUCCUACUCCAGGAUAAAGGUCCUACGAUUGGAUGGAAACAAAAUGUCCCACCAUCAGCUGCCAUCCGACUGGGUUUUCUGCCUGCGAGUGCUUGAAAGUAUUUACAUUUGAUCCACCUUCUCAACAUGCAACCGAAUGAGUUACUGUAUGAAAUUGGCCGAAUUCAUCUAUAAAGAAAUGUGACUCAUCUUUUUGAUCAACUAAGGCUUACAGCUAAACCAGAGAAAAAUUGUGUCUUCAAGAUGUAUACACACCCAGGCACUGAAGGGAAAACUUUCCAACGAUGCCAAAGCCUGGACUUGUAUAAACCAGUGUUAUUUUAUGAUACUGCCAAAUGUCAUGAUCAAAACAUUACCAAUGCCACAAGAACAUUCCCAUGGGUUUCUCUCUCUCUCCCAUUACAUAUUAUAGUUUUGUUUCAGCACUGCAGGCUCGAACAUCUGUGUGUUAUUACCAAAUAGGAACUGUGACAAACUCUCUAGUUUCUUACUGUGCGGAAUAAUAUGCCGUGGUUAAACUGAGCUGUGUUACUGUGUGAGGAGAAAGGGAAACAUGUAUGAAUGUCAAUAUGCAGUAGCUGUCCCACAAGACAAUCUGACUCAGUUAGCUAGAGAGUGUUAAACAGCCACACCCAUACUUUCAAAAAUCUUUCAAAACCUAUUUUUGCAAAUAUACAGUGGACAGCUUUUCAUUAGGUGUUUUCCUGUAUAUGCAGGGGUUUUUAUGGCAUAGUUGCUCCAUCAGCCACAUAGGACCCUAUUGCCUCAUCCCAUACACUGCCACUCAGUGGAAAGUCAGGGCAAGUGCAUGAUAAAUGUCUCUUAAAACCAAGAUGAACGACAGAAAGCCAGAUGGACCAAGUCACCUGCCGAUGUCCUGCCAAUCCUUUCAUGGCAAGCGAUCCCUGCAGGUAUAAAACAUUUGGUGAAAUCAAGUAACAACGAAGGAAUCAUAUAAUUCAUAAAUUGUCAAAGUAUUGAUUUUAUGUUUGCAGGAAAUCAUGACUAUUCGCCUGUCCACUAAAGCGGACAUCAUGCAUCACUGGCUAUAUAUUUCAACUAAACUUCAUACUGUUACUGUUCUUCUUGAAAAUACUUCAUUUGCAAUAUCUUUUGGGGCCUUAAAUAUAUAUACUUAAGUUAUUAUAAUGUAAUUUUAAGUUUGCACAUCUUUAUUUAUCAUUUUUUCCAAAUUUACAAGUUUUCAGUUUAGACUUUAAUGCAUACUGUCCACCUGAGUGGACAUAUAACAUUUAUUUUCUAAAUUUGAAAAAACUAGAUUAAAAUAAACUAAAGUUAAAAUCGUGUUGUUCAUGCCCCAAGAGCAAUAAAAACACUUGGUAAAAAAAUCCUGAGUGAGGCUUUCAUAAUUCAUGCAUGAAAGGGUUGAAUUCAACUUUGAUUUGAAAGCUUAUUUCCACUAUCCAAAAAUGUAAAAUUGGUUUGCACAACAAACAUAAUGUACAUUUUCGUGUGUUUGCUGCAGCAAUAAUUAACUUCACAUUGAUGCAAUGAUUCCCAUUGUAUUUAUUCAAUUUAAACUAUUAUGGUUUUAAUUCAGUUUAGAUGGUUGCCAUCACUUUUGGGUUAACUUGUAUAAUGUAUGCCUGAAGCUAAUCGUCAAUGUGUCAACAAAUAUUUGUAUCUUGUGUGCCAUUGAAAAAGAGUAAUGUGUGAUUUUAUGCACUAAUUUUGAAUUCAUUUCUAGUGGCCUGACAACUUUGUUUAACAUAGUAAUCUUAGUCUUAGAUAAAAUAAUCAAACUGAAUACAAAUGUGUAUCAGCUUACGAGAGUGAAAUCAUUUGAAACGUUCUAAAACUGACUAUAAAGACACACAAAAGGACAAUACUUGCAGUGCAGGCACUCAACUUACUAAUAACUAGGAAAAUACUUAUU